UAUUCAGUUAGUUGAAAUUUUUGUGUAGUUCGAUAAAGGUUGAUGUGAAAAACUUCGUCCAUAAACAAUUUAAUUGUGCAUCAUAUCUGAUGAUUGAAGAAUACGGAAAAACUUUCAUCAUUUAUUUCAUCGUUUUCCUCCACAAGUUCCUCACAGCUUCUGAGUUCUUCUAGCGAUUUAUAAACAAGCCUUUUUGUUGGUUUCUGAUAAUAAAGCCUUGAAAAUUCUCGGCACUAUAUAAAAAAUUUCAUUGAAUAUGACAGGAAACAUGGAAGAUAAAUUGAAAUCAUCACCGUUGUAUUUCCCAGUUGCUGAUAAAGAUACCAGAACUUCUAUUCCUCGUGACUCGUCGUCAGCUAAUUUGAUCCAGAAAAGAAAUAAUUGGAGUCGUCCAAUUGAGUUUAUUCUGUCGUGUUUAAGCUAUGCGAUUGGACUUGGAAAUAUUUGGCGGUUUCCGUUUCUUGCAUUUAGAAAUGGAGGUGGAGCGUUCCUCAUACCCUAUCUGCUGUCUGCAAUCUUCAUCGGAAUGCCAAUUUUAUUUGCGGAACUGAUUGUAGGACAAUACAGUGGAUUGGGACCAAUAAAAGCUUAUGAGUUUCUUGCUCCAUUGUUUAAAGGACUAGGCUACUCCACCCUGAUUGUCAUCACAUUCGUUUCAAUCUACUAUAUGCUGAUAAUUGCAUGGGUGCUCUUUUAUCUCUAUACCUCAUUCUUUCCGAGCAUGACAUGGGGGAGAUGUGAUAACGAAUGGAACACAGAAAAUUGCUACAGUAUAUUAGAAGAUGUCAAAUGCCGUGAUUAUAACGUCGGAAAUGAUAGUGACAAAAUAUUUUAUCGUGGACAAUGCAGGAAUGUCAGUGAUAUUUGCAAAUCUAUUGGACUUGUCGGAAUUAAUGCUACUCAUUGUUUUAAUUCAACAAUCAGUGAGAACAUUCCAAUUUAUAGAAUUAUUAACCGCACUCUAUCGUCUGAGGAAUUUUAUUAUGAGAAUGUUCUUGGGCUGAGUGAUGCAUCAUGGGAAAAUUGGGGAUGGCCACGAUGGCAGCUUGUGCUUUGUUUCCUCAUCGGCUGGAUAAUGGUCUACUUAUGCCUUGCCAAAGGAAUUCAUUCAAUUGGAAAAGUUGCAUACUUUACAUCAACAUUCCCGUACUUAGUAUUAGCAGCUCUGUUUGUCCGUGCUUUGACAUUGCCUGGAUCUUAUGAAGGAAUUCUUUUUUACAUCAUUCCUGACUGGGAGAAGCUUCUAAGUCCUGGAGUAUGGGGAGACGCGAGCAGUCAAAUAUUUUACUCUCUUGGACUUGGAUGUGGAUCACUUGUUGCACUUUCUUCGUACAGUAAGUUCAACAACAACUGUCAUUAUGACUCAAUAUUCAUAUCAAUUGUUAGCUUUGCUACCGCAUUGUUUGGAGGAUUUGUAGUAUUUGCGACUCUUGGGUUCUUAGCUCAUUCAAUGCAGGAACCGAUUGAAACAAUUGUGACUAGUGGACCUGGAUUGACAUUCAUCACAUAUCCUGAAGCUAUUCUACUAAUGCCAGGUUCUCAAGCAUGGGCAAUUUUGUUCUUCUUGAUGAUGUUAACCUUAGGAUUAGGCUCACAAUUUCCAGGCGUUCAAAUGAUAUCAACAUCCAUCAUCGACCACUGGCCACAUUUGAGGAAUCAGGAAUGGAAAGUGACAGCUGGUGUCUGCAUGGGUUGUUUUGUUGCUGGACUUCCAAUGACUUGCAAAGGUGGCAUUUAUCUUUUCACAUUAAUGGAAUGGCAUACAGCAAGUUGGGCAAUCCUCCUAAUUGGUGCUGGUGAAGUUGUCAUCUUCUCAUGGGUCUACGGAAUGGAACGAACAUACGACAGCAUCUGUGAAAUGGGAAUGAAAUUCUGUAAAGCUACAAAAUUCUUCUGGUCAUCAGUUUGGAUGGUCAUUACUCCAAUCGGUUCUGUUGGAAUUUUCAUCUUCAUUUUAACUGAUCUUGGCUCAACAAAAUUCCGUGACUAUGUAUUCCCAGUAUGGGCUGAUACAUUAGGUUGGAUGUUUGGAUUAUCAACACUCCUUCCAUUUGUGUUGUUUGGUGCUUAUUCGUGGAUUAGGACAAAGGAUCGAAAAUUAUUGUUGGAGCCAGCAGAAAAUUGGGGACCACAAGAAGUUGAUGGACAGAGGGUUGAUAGAGGAUUAGUCUUACCUUAAAUAAUUAAUUUUAUAUUCC